AUGCUGCGGAAGCGCGGCAACUGUACCUUCUCGAUAAUGGAUGCGCCGCUGAUGGGCCCUGCCCGUGGGAACAGCGCAGGCCCGUUGGCUAACGGUGGCCCGUGGUCAACUCGAACAAACAGACCGACCGCAGAAGACCACUCUCACUCGGCAUUCCCUCUGCAGCUCCUCCAUAACGCGGCUAACUGUCUUUCAAUAACUGCCUAG